UGAGCCGCAACCCAAAGCUUCGUGCAUAUUGCUUACGUGGAAUCUACGUGUGGUCUGACUCGAGCCCGGGAAAAAAAAAAUCCACGUCAAGAAACAUCCCGCCACGGCGCCACCACCUAAAAUUAGCAUUCAUUUCAAAUUUUUUCCUUGGAGUUGGGGAAGCUAAGCAGCUGCGGGCAUGCAUGUUACAAGUUGGUCAUAUACGUGUAUCAUUUUUAUUAUGAUUAUCCCACAGGGCCAAAUCCAUAAUCCACAGUUGCGGCAAUUUAUUAGGCAAUGAAAGUGAGCUAGGUAUUCAAUGUAAAACCUACAAUUGGCCAGUUGGUAGCAGUAGUACUUCCGCUGGUUGCAAUAUUAACACCAUCGGGCAACGACCGGCGGGCCGGGGGAAGAAGAAGAGAGUAGCAGUGCGCAUAAAUUGCAUGUGUGUUGCUACAAGAAUCGACCGGUGUUUGGAAGAGCUUUUAAUUAAAGAGAGCUUUCUGUACUCUGGAGCUUUUAAUGGUUCAUCAGCUAACUAAAUAAUAUACCGACAUGGGAAUGAAUACGUGGCAUUCUGUACAUUACUUCCUAUGGCUUUCACCGACUGCGGAGUCACACAGUUCCUAUGCCUUCAUUAUAAUUUAUACGUAUGUAUGUACGUAGUUUGCGGUACUCUGCAGUCUCCAUUUUCUCCGGCAAGACAAUUGCCAGUGCAUAUUAUUAUUGCACGGACAACCCAUAUCCGACCAAACCUAAAUAAUGCAAUUUGCCAUCUCACAUUGCAUUACGUUACGUCCUCACUCCUCUCUUGCAUUCAAAUAACUCGUGACGAGGACGGAACAAUGGGUCCUCUCUCUAUCAAUGCUUGUCUAUGUUGGUGGUCGAUCGGACGAAACUUAAAAAGAAGUUAUUGCUUGUUAUGGUCCUGGUGAUAAAUUUAUUUACAUGUUUAGGAAAACUGGGUUGGGGAUAAAUGAUGAGUUUCGUUUCUAGUUAACUCAGAAAUUUAGCCGUUAUACUCCUAAUUAGUUUAUGAACUCGGUUUAUUUUCAUGCCUUUAUCGAAUUUUUGACUUGCCAAUGGAAUUCAUAUAUUGAUGCUCCCAACCUUCUAUUAUCAAUAAAAUUCUUAUGUCUAUUAUUUUUAAAAUCCCACCUUAACUUCUCAAAUUUACUUAUAGAAAAAUUAUUAUGUAGUACUCUCGAUAUGUAAUCCAUAUAAAUUAUGGAAUUUAUGCGCGUCGUAUGCAAGUAGUCUGUGAAGAAUUGGGCCUCCUUUUGAGAAGCCCGAACGGAAAUCACAAGGCUCCGUCCCAACUCUCAACAAAACCCGUUCCCGCGACUGGGCCUCUUUGAGAAGCCCGGACCAACUCUCUUCAGCAAAAAUGUAAACCGCUUAACCAACUUUCUGGGCUCUCCUUCAUGAACUGGGCCCUCUCAAGGUCCUUAGGUGGGCCGAAUAUACGACGAAGAUGCGUAGAAGCCCACAGUACGUAUGUUCUGGGCUAACCCAGUCAGACACCGCGGCGCAGGAAAGAAAUCGCAGACUCAGCGCGUGGCUUCACUUCCCACCUAAAAGCAAUUCCAAUUUCCCUUUCGAGCCGUGGAAAUACAGAGGCGGUGACGCACGAGACCAGAACUCGCUAGGCUAGAGAGAUUAUUAAACAAAAAGAAAGUAAAAAGCGUUAAAUUAAACCCCCCCUUUUUUUUUUCUUGCACGACAAGGGUUUAUCUUUGUCAGUCCAAAGAAGAAGAAGCAGCGGCAGGCGAACGAUGGAGAAGGCAGUGGCGGUCUGCGGCCAAGAAGCGUUGGAUCUGCUCAACUGCGUCGCUGAAUCUCCUUACGAUCAGGACAAAUGCCUCCGCCUCUUGCAGGCCUUGCGAGAUUGUGCUGUGAAGCAGGUAAACCAAACAAACAAGCAUCGCUUCGAUUUUGCCCCAUUUGUUCGCUCGUUUCUCUUCCCUCGUUGUUGUUGGCGCCUGGAAUUUGGGUUCUCUUCUCUGCUACUUUCCAGACUUUUCUAACUUGUGGGUAGCCGAUUUGUAUAGUUGAAAAGGAGAGCAUUAGGAGUCAGGAGAAGAAUGUCGUCAAUCUCUGAUUAGGAUUAGGGGGCUAUUUUGACUCUUGAUCAGAUUUCUUUUUUUCGGAAGCUCCAUUUCUUAGGCUUAAGGAGAAUGGAUUGAUUGCCAAUUGGCAGCAGUAGUGACGAGUCUACCCCCUCUGCUUCUCUGAUCGUGGGAUUUUGGAUUAAGAGAUUGAUUGUUCUUUAAGCUUUGAACAGGGCGGCUACUAAUAGAUUUGAUGAAAAACUGUGUUUCUGGGAAGUUCGGCCAUUUGGUGUUCUGAUAAUUGAUGAGCUAGCUCACUUGAAUUGAAUGGUGUGAAUGGAAUUUUAAGCAUUUUAGCAUAACCUUCCAUAUGGCUUGGUACAUUGCUAAAUGGCAUUGUUUUAGUAUUGUUUUUCUCAUGUAGUGUUUCCAUUUGUAUGUUUCUGAUAUUGGUAUAUAUGCCAUUGUUCAUCUGCAGAAUGUGAAGAAGUUCUCCCUAGCAAACGAGGCCAAGAAUGAAGCUGAGGUAUCGCCUAAGAAAGGUUGACAGUUCACUCUCGCGGCGCUCGUGGGAUCGAUCUUUCUCUAUAGGCUGUGUCAAGUUCAAGUCUUGAAAUUUAGUGUUUCACUAGGCUGUGUCAAGCUCAUGUCAUUAAAUUUUGUGUUUCACUAGCUAGUCACUAGAUGAGUUUUAGAUGCCUGAAGAAUCCUAGUUUCUGAUUACGAAAUUCGGUGUUGUCUGCAUCUGUAUCAAACCUCACUUCCAUUGUUUACUCUAUUGUUGUUCCUCACACGAGGAUGUAAAACUUCUACAGAUGAUUUUAUGAUGCCCAGCUGAUGAAUAUGAAUGACCCUUCAUGGUGUUCUUUUAAUGUUCCUAUCUACAUUGUCAUCCAAAUGCCAGAUAGUUUCUGUUUCUUAGCAAAUGAAACCAUAGAUGUUGC